AGAAGAGCAAUGAGUGGCAAAUACAGUCUCUUAUUUUUAUUCUUCUGUGGCUUUGGUACACUCACUGUUUCAGAGAAAUUUGAAACAGAACUACUAGAGGGAACGUCCUGCACCAUUAAGCUGCCAACAAAAACUGACAGCUCUAAUGAUAUCAAAUGGAUCCAUCUCUCUAGUGGACACUUAAUUCACAGGAAAAAUGGGAAGAUCAAGUCAAACACUCUAGCUGAAAAUAUGGAAGAAGAUGGAUCAUUAACAUUUAAAAGUGUUAGUCUGAAGAACAACGGCAAAUAUAAAUACACUGUUUUUCAUCAAGAUGGUACAGAGAUUGGUGCUGGAGAAAAGGAAAUUAAAGUUUAUGCAAAGGCUCCUAAACCUACGGUGACGAUCAACUGCAAAGAUGGGAACGCUACUCUCACCUGUGAAACUGGAGACCAUAAAGAUCUAACUGUAUCCUGGUAUAAAGAAGGCAAAAUCAUCCUAAAAAAACCUAAAUUGCUCUUGACAUUUACUGAAGAACAGGAGAAUAAACAGUACUCAUGCAAUGUAAGCAAUCCUGUCAGCAGUAACCAAAGUGACAGCAUUAGAGUAUCAUGUUCUACAAGUAAACGAUCAGGUCUUGAUAAACUCUUUGGCUUUGAUUUCUGGAUCAUGGUGAGCAUUUUAGCAGGUGGAGGAGCCCUUCUGCUGCUGCUAAUAUGUGUUCUUGCCAUCUGUGCGUGUCGAAGCUGUAGCCAGCGAAAGAAGCACAAACAGGAUGAAGAUGAGUUCAGGCUGAGGGUUUUUCAAGAUGAAGCUCCUAAUGGUACAGCCAGAUCCAAACACACUGCUAGGGGGCAACCGGUGCCCCCCAUCCCGCAAGAAGACCCAUCUCCACAAACCCCAACACAAACCCAGACUCAACCCAAAGCCCAGAUCCGCGCUCGACCUCCACCACCGCCUGAGGACGAUGAGGAAUAUCCUCCUCCCUUACCUCGCCCUAGGAAUAAACAGCACCGCAACAGAAAUGAAGAGCCGUACCGACCAAUGUAAUGAAAUGCUUGUAUGUUCACUGAAAAACAGUAACAUGGGGCCUUAAUUGAAUGGUUUUCAUAAGCCAUAUGGUAGGAGUGUCAUAAAGAAACAGCUUGCUUAAAAUGAAAAUUUGGUCAUGUACUCACCCUCAUGUUUUUCCAAACUUGUAUUGUUUUCUUUAUUUUUGUCAAACACCAAAGGAGAUCUUAGGCAGAAUGUCAAAGUCCAUACAAGUUCCAUAAACAAUAGUCCUUACGACUUGUGCGCUAAGUCUUCAGAGGUUCAUUUAUGUAAUGAUUUACAACACAAAAUAUUGACUCAAAAAUGC